CAAAGAUCUCUUGGCUCUAAUAACAAACGUAGCAGGCAAGGAUCGCCUUAGUCUUUGGAAGAUGCAAGGAACAAAGAUAUGGGAAGUGGACGUGCACUCUGACGUUGUGGAAGGCUCAACGCGGAGCAGGAUAGUGGAUAUCUCUUGGAGUCCAGACAACUUGCACAUAGCGGCGGCGCAUCAUCCGCCUCUCGUUACCUUGCAUUCGAUUCAAGACGGUCGAGAAGAGAGAAAACUUGAUGUUACGAAGUCCAUACCGGGAAAUUCGCAGGAGUUGACGCAUAUAUGGUGGUAUAAGGAGCACCGCAAAGAGACAAAACCAGGCAUCCCAGAUAUAUUCAAACGUCAGGACAUUAUCACAGGCUCUGCCCACUCCAUUCUGAAAACGCAACCACUGCUCGAUGCACUACCUGACGACUCUGACCGCCUGUCCUCAGCAGACCUCUUCGCCUUCUCUCGUACACGAACGGCCACGCCGGCUUCCGAUUCUCUUCCGCAGAGCAUAUCUUCCUGGCCCACCCUUCCUCAGGAUCUCCUUCUGGCGUCUAUCCAACCUAGAUCCACGGCCUCGAAAAACAAUAAACGCCCUGGUGAAGAGCUCGACGAAGUUGAUAGCAGCAACAUCAACAGCAUCCUCUAUGUUUGCACGGUCUCUUCCGGUGCACAGCGGGACGACGGUGAAUGCAGAAUCUAUGCAUGGCUCGACGGGAGCUAUCCUCUUGGCUCAAUACUUCUACCGCACCCGGUACACUCCAUCAACCAGCUGAAUAAGAUGGACAACAUGACCUACUUUAUCCAUCCUUCUCUGUUGGCGCCCUCCUCGGGAUAUCGUGCAACAACGCUGCACCCCUUGCGGCUUUCGCUGCCGUCCAUGGCUGCACCGCUACCGCGGCGCGUCGCGCAGACCGCAUCAAGCACGCGUGCGCUCACGUGGUACAUCCUGCGUGUUGUGAAAGAGCUGCGCGAUGCGUGGUUUGGCACAUCUGCGAACCCUGGUGCACGGAUGGUGGGCCAGAACUGGGUGCAAGGGCUGGAGCGGCGGCAGCGGUCACAAUUUGGCUUGGAAGAGCCAAAUGGUCUGCUGGACCUCACUGUUCUCCUCGCCACUGGGAGAGCAAGCGAAAGUGUGAGCGACUAUCUAGGAAGCGGUGAACAGAUGUCCGAACGGGGCCUACAGAAAUGGGAAAACACUGUGGUGGACGCGCUUUUCAAGUUUCGCGACUACGCAAACCGCCGCGUCGCACGAGCAUUCCAACGCAUGCACAUAUUGCUCCAGGAGGUGCAGGGAUGGGUACAGCUACCGCAGUAUGCGUACUGCCAGAUCGACAUUGAACAGGUAAACGCCUCAUUGGACCUCGCCGCGCGCGGAAUCAUCUGUGCGACAUGGCUCGCGUCGACCGCGCGGCUCGAGCUACGCCGCUUCCGGGAGUUUAUGGCUUGGAUAAAGUAUGAGAGCAACCGCGCAACAAACCUGCACAACGAUACAUAUACCCCGCCGCCGCCAAAGCAUGACAUCCUCGACGUCUCGGCCUACCUGGAGCGCGGGCUCGUCGCUAGCACACUCGACCGCUGGUUCCUCGGCCCCACACCAAAAUUUCCUCUAAAGCCUAGUUUUGGUCUGAUGAAGGACCUGCCCGUCCAGAAGAUUCCUAUAUUCACUCGUGCUUUGCAGGGAGAACGAGAACGAGCACCAGAGAUAUUUAGGGAAGACGUCGAAGUUGCUAAAGGGGUGACCAGCGGGAAAAAACAAUGCUUGGACGAGGUUCUCAGGAAGGCGAGGCAGAAGCUUGGAGAGGAAAGAAAUGGUCUGACAUGGCCACCGGACACGCUCCCACCAGACCUCUCCUCUCUCGAUCGUAACCUCGAUGCGCUUGCGGUCGAGCUCGCGCAACGCUGCAGUAAUAUCUUCCAGGCUGCUAGCUGCGCUGUUACGCGUGCUGCCGAACUCUCUCCUGUGCCAGAGGAGAUUGAAGAAGUUGAUGAGACGCGCAGGCCGAAGUGGCUCAGAGAGCGGACGAGGCUCCGUUUGCAGGGCCCAGACCUAUUGCUACAGCUCUGGGCGGCGUUCGUUCCGCCAGCCGAGAACCAGAUUGGCUACCUAUGCCUGUUCAAAACAGUCUACGACUCCAAAUCGAGCCGGAAGACCACCUUCGCCGUCAUGACUUGCGAGGUGGAGGACGAGGACGGCGCGGUGACGCCUGUCGAGUUGCUCGACGCUGAGUAUUUCGACGACGCGCAUAUCGUGGCCGUUUUCCGUUCGCGGAUCGCAGCAAAUGCCGAGUCGACGCUUGCGAUGGUACGCUUCAUCGCCGUCAAGUUUUAUGAGAUCCAGGAGGCCCAGACAAAGGAAGUCAGUACGCGCGAGGCGCUCAUCGACAGAGUGCUGCGGUUGGCCCAAAGUGGUGCGAUGCCCUCGACCCCGCUUAGGGUAGUACGGUCACGCACACUCGCAGGCUGCGUGAAGGGUAGUGUCGCACUGGCCGCGAAUGGCAGGAAGGGCCGGCGCGUGGUGUGCGUGCUGGGCGAAGACGGCACUGCGCUACAAGUGUUUGAUAUGGAAGGUGAAGAGGACGAGGGUGAAGAGGACGAAGAGGCAGAAGCGGUGUCCGACGUUGCUGAAGGCGAGGAUGCGGAGUAGGGCUGACGGAGAGCACUUUUAACAGUGCAUGAUAUUGGACUCGUGAUGUUAUUGACCUCAGUUGCAUGUUUUAUUGAGCAGUCGCAUCAUCUGACUUCUCAGCAUGUUGUUAAUCCAGCAGAUUUUAUGCACGGGAUCGCUUGCAGAGGCUAUUUCUCGACGAUCUCACCCAGGCUCUCUAUGCCUACCGACCUAACUAUCAU